GUGAGUAGUUGCGCAUCUCUAACUUUCUAUUUCUGUGCAGAUAAAAUUGUAAAUAUUUACGCAAAUUUGCGCUCUAAAACGUUUAGAAAUAUUGAAAAAUUAUGCAUUAGAGUAAGAGUUGGUUUGCCUUCCACUUGUUAUCAACAAAAACAGCUUCAAAUGCACGAAAUUACUGCUGUCAGGACGCAUCUUUAAUCCGCAAAUCUGCGGAAGUGUUGGUAUAAGUACAAGCACUUAAUUGUAUUUGUAAUUGUAAUUGCCUAAGUGCCAAAAAAAACGCUGAAAUGCAGCAAGCGUAAAAAUAAAUAGGGCUAAAAAAUAAUAAUAAGCGUGGCGAGACGAUGUAUUGAGAGCAGAAAACAGCGAAGACGAUGACGAUCAAAGCCAAAUUCAUCAGGUGAGCGAGCAGCAACAACAACAACGGAUGCCCAAAUAGGUGUGCACACGUAUGCAGGUCCUAAAUAUUAACAAAACAAGCAACAUUGAAAUACUCACCACUAAAGCACAACCCGAGAUAACAAAGUACCAGCACAAGUCAAGAAGAGAAGCACACGAAGCAGUUAUCAGCGGACCAGCGCCACUAAAAACAACCAAAUCGCACACACGAAACUAAACGAUGUGGCUGCGUCAGAGCAGCGGCGGGGGCGUCGCCUCAGCCGGACACGGCGGUCCACUACGUCAGCGACCCAUCGAUGCCGCCACGGAUUGCGAUCCACGCGCCUGCUACGACAGCUUCUGCAAGCACUGGCAGCAGGCUUUCGAGAUCAUUCAGCAUAGCGCUCCGCCCUCCCACGACGACGUCCUGGGCGUGGUGUCACACUUGGACUACAUGGUCACCCUGCUGCUGGUGGAACUGCAUCACUGCAACAAGGUCUCGCUCCCGUCGGCCGAAGCCAGUGGUCCGCCCGCGGCGCCCUGCCUGGAAUUUCUGCUCAGCGAGAAUCUACUGGACAAGCUGUACGAAUGGGCCUGCACCACUGGGCGCUAUGCCAAUGCCGUCCGUCUGGAGCAGCUGAAGCUGUACGAACUGCUCGUCAGCCAUUCGCGCCAUCAGCUGCUUUGCCACGAGCCCUUCCUGCGACCCCUGCUCAAGAUAUUGGCCUCCAGCCAGGGCGAGAUAUUCCCGCCUGAUCUGGAAAAGCGCCUCGUUAUACUACUGAACCAGCUGUGCGUGGUUCUCAUGCAGAACGUCCACCUGCUGGACCUUUUCUUUUUCUCCGCCCAAACACAAGUGCAGGAGCAGAUUCUCAACGGCAGCGUCGCGGCACCUAAAAGUGGAACCACAACCAAUUUUAUUAUCUUCUCCCUGCUCAUCCCGUACGUGCACCGCGAGGGCAGUCUUGGCCACCAGGCCCGCGAUGCCCUGCUCCUCUGCAUGGCGCUCUCGCAAAAGAACUCCAACAUAGGCACGUACAUAGCCCAGUACUCCUCAAUCUGUCCCCUGCUGGUGACCGGUUUGGGCGGUCUUUACUCACGUCUGCCCAACAGCAUCGAAAUCAGCUCCAUUGACUGGCACCGGAUCACGCCAGACGAUGUAACCGAGAUCCCAGAGCUCACGCUAUUCAUGAAUGCCCUCGAGUUCUGUAAUGCAGUGGUUCAGGUGGCCCAUGAGAUGAUCAAGCAACAGCUUCUGGACUUCAUGUACCAGGGGUUCAUUGUGCCCGUUCUGGGACCUGCUAUCCUCCAGACACUGAAGGGCAAACAUUUUCAGACGAACAUCGACUCGCAAAUCUCGGCUAUGUCGUACCUGGACCUGAUCCUGCGCUCCAUUACCGAACCCGGAUUGCUCCGAGCCUUUGUUCGCUUCUUGCUCGAUACCGAAAAGUUUGACGGAGAACGAAUAUUGGAUGCUCUGGUCGAACGGCUUAACUCACCCGAUGCCAAUCUCUGUAUGGUUACGAUGGCAUUGUUUGACACCUUGCUGGGACUGCACUGUGAAGACCUUAUGCUGGAACUGCUGCUGAAGUUCAUGCUGCCGGGAAAGCAUGUUCCCAUCUCACAUCGCCACAAGAUCAACAAGAUCGAUCCGUAUCUAAACAGCAGUGAGUUCUUUCUGGAACUCUCGCCUGAUGUGAUGAAGAGGGCCAGGGAUCUGGCCAGGCCCAAGAGUAUCCACGAACCGGUGGUAAGUGAUCUGACGCCUUUGCCCAGUCUCCCAUCUCCUGUCAUGAGCAAGACGAUUGGAGCCAACUGGAAUUAUUAUGGAGUACACACGGGUGAUAGUUUGUAUGCGAAUAUCCAGGCAUAUCUCUUCGAGGCCCACUGGCGAAUUGCCCAGUGCCAAAGGGAUUGCCUCAAGUGGGCGAACAGCUAUCGCUAUCAAAAGUGGCCCCGCCACGGACAGGGACGAGUUCACGCCCACGCAUUGGAACUGGCCAGACAGUUCUUUUGCGAAUUCGGAAGUGGAGCUCUUAUUGCCAACGAGACGGGUGAGAAACAGCUGGACAGCCUACAAUCGAUUGGCGAGUCCAGUGGCUACGAGUCCUUCAAAUGGCGCCCGGCGGACGAGGAGAGCGAAGCCACGGAUACAACUUUGGCCACAACAGCUAGCGAUGCAGAUCUGGAGCACAACAGCAGCAGCAUCAGCAGCGUGCUGGGUGGAUCCGGUAGACGAGAGAUUUGGCGCACAUCGCACAACAAUCGCAACGAAUUGCUACUGACGGAUCUGGACUUCUCGGAGGAUUUGUUUGCGCAGGGCACCGUAAGCUUAGGUCCCUUUCUCAACGCCAUCUGGGGCAAACUACAAACCUUUACGAGCAACUCGCUGUACGUAAAUCUUCAUCUUACCGGGUUGAUCACUCGAUUGGCCUGGUAUCCCCUGCCGCUGAUUCACUCGCUGCUGCUGCGCUCGGAUAUCGCCAUCACUUCGGAUACGCCCUCCUUCCACCAGGUGCUGCGGAUUCUCAAGCAACAGAUAGACGCAGAGCUACCGGUGACGGAGGAUUCGCUUGAGAUCAUUGAUGUGGCGCGUUCGUCCCUAAUUGAUCGGGAGUUCCGUUUGGCAAACGCACGAAAGGGUAACGACGGCUCUCCAAUGCAUCACAAUCAACAGCAACAGAUGGCUACAAAUUCCGGGCAGCAACAGGGUCAACUACGAUCUGCCUAUGCGACUCUAUCGGCUGCCACGCCCGUGCAGGCAACGCCCACCAGCGCGUACGAUCCGUUUAAGCGGAGCGAUAACAAGAGGCGGAGCAUCAGCAAGUCCAUAACUAGCAUGUUUAGCAGGAAGUCGGCCUCCUCGUCGAUAGCGCCACCCAAUGGCUCUUCUGCUUCAUCUGGCUUAUCACAAAUUUACGCAUUCUUCACCGGAGCUGCUUCGAAUCUGGUGGGAAAUAGUGCCGAGGGAAGAGGAUUUUCCCAAGGGCAGCCAGCCGCCGGGACAUGCGAGACCAGUUUAAGUACGCAACCACAACCGGGAGCAACUCGCACAGGAUCCACAACGACGGCUGUAGCGGCCUCUGGAAGCAGCAGCAACAGCAGCAUUGGCGGAUCCACACAAACACUCUCCGCCCAAUCGAACACCACAACCCACUCGUCGAACACCCUGCACGGCCUGGAUGGAGGUUCAGCCGCUGGUGGUUUCAACUCCGAGCCAGUGUCCCUCGACUCGGUGGCCUCCAUGGGAAUCAUUGCCAGCACGAGUGGCACGGAGCGGUCCCGGGAUUUGGCUCUAUGUGCUGUACUCAUGGAUGAGUGGCUCAAGGAGCUGGCGGCCAUUGCGCAGGAGCAAAGCGUUGUGCUGGUCACGGAACAGGGGCCUUUAUGAUCGCUUGGAGCAGAUAGCAAUGCAGAUGGUGAUACAGACGACUUGUGUAUACAUUAUUUUACGGAUUUGUUGGCUUUUGUUUGCUUUAACCAGCUACUCUUACGAAAUUAUUUCUUUUUACCUGUUGGAUUAUCGAUAUUUAUAUUUUUAACAACCAUUUCUAACGAACAAUGCCGCAGUUUUGAACAGAUUUACAAUUUAAUGCAAACGGACUCAAACAAAAAACACUCACACGUUAUCCAAGAUAGAAUGUAGGUUAAAUGUCGUAAGCGGAUUAGGACGGUGGAUUUUAAGUGUUCAGAUGUAAUCAAAUAUUCUAAUUAACAGCCGUAUGCAAAAUUUACAACGUUUUUAGAGAGAAUUAUAUAACACACAUACUAUGUAUACAUAUGUAUUUUUGCAAUAUAUUUUAUGCUUUUAUGUACAUACAUAUGCAAGAUCAAAUUACCCAAGUUAUGUAAAGCCAACUUGAAAGUAUUAAAUUGGUUCAAGUAAAUGCACAGCCAAGAAAGAUA